AUGAACGCCGGCACUAAACGCCCCCGGGCCGAGGAAACCUACGAUUACCCUGGUGCUGCCCAUCCUUCAUUCGUCGCCAGUACCUCGACCUUCAAUACUACUUCCGCCCCUGCCAGUUCCGGCGCGAGUUCCUCCUUUCGCAACGUAUCAGCUUGCAAUCGAUGCAGACUGCGAAAGAAUCGCUGCGACCAGAAUCUCCCAGCGUGCACAUCAUGCGAGAAAGCGGGCGUGAAAUGCGUCGGAUUCGACCCUAUUACCAAACGAGAGAUCCCUCGCACAUAUGUCUACUACCUUGAGAGUCGGGUGCGAUACCUUGAAGAGCUUCUCAGCGACCACAACAUCCCUUUCGGACCUUCUCACGACUUCGACCUGGGCUCUAAGCCUCUGAAAGACGAUUCUACAGCUCAUUCACCGCUAUCUGAGCGAUCGAGCGCGAAGGAAAAUGUCAUCAAACGGAAAAGAGCAGAUACCGGGAGUGAGUCGGGAUCGGAAUGGGAGCAGAAAGAGGAGUCGGAUAAGCUGAACAAAUUGGUCUCGAAUAUUGGCAUGGUUUCAGUGCAAGGAGCUUCAGACCCGCGUUUCCUAGGUUCUACAAGCGGUAUAUCGUUUGCAAGAGUGGUCUUUGCAGCAGUCAAGAGCUCCGUACCAGGCGGUGACAGGAGCGGUCGGGGAAGCAAGCCCAGUUCAGUGGGCUCUGCUGCUGCUACGGGUGGCACGAGUAUGCGGGAUUCAUUUUUCGGACUACAGACCAAGCCAAACAUCAAACCGGCACCUUUCCCGGAUAGAGAGCUAGGAUUACGCUUGGUGAACCUCUACUUCGAGCACGCGAACCCGCAGAUACCCAUCUUACACCGAGGCGAAUUCAUGGUACUAUUUGGUAGAGCCUACGCAGCGAAAGAGCGGCGAAGAUCAGCACGCGAACUUUAUAUGUUGAACAUUGUAUUUGCCAUUGGCGCAGGUAUCAUUCUGGAAGAUUCGUCCGCGAACCUCUCACCGAGUUCCGGAACGAAAGGAUCGACACCGCCAGGCUUGAAGCAAGAACCCGCUUCCCCGAACCCGAAAAAGCAAAAAUUGUCGAGCCAGCAGAGGCAGCCGGAAGAGUAUCAUGCCUCGGCGAUGAUGCACCUGGAAUCUUUCCUUGGGUCGAUGCCUGCAGCUGAUCGGCUGGAAGGGUUUGGUGGUGGGUUGGAGCAGUUGCAGGCCGUGUUGCUGCUCGCAGGUUUUGCCUUACUAAGGCCUGUAGCGCCGGGGCUGUGGUAUAUCACUGGUGUUGCUACGCGGCUAGGUGUCGAUCUCGGCCUUCACUACGAGGAUGGUGCAGGAGUCGAUGCCACUGAAGACAGCACUGGCUUCGCAAGAGGACACGACAUCGCAAUGGGCGGCGAUCAAUCAGAUUUUGCACCUAUAGGUCUCGAUCCGAAAGAACGGGGCAGACGGGAAUGGGUCCGAGACCUGCGACGUCGACUCUGGUGGUGUGUAUAUUCAUUUGACCGCCUCGUGAGUACGUGCGUGGGUCGCCCAUUUGGCAUCUCGGACGCGGUCAUCACGACGGACUGGCCUAGCGUUCUCGAUGAUAAAGAUAUUACUCCCACCGGCUUCUUGAUACCAUCACACAACUUUAGUGGACCAAGCUACAAGCGAGUUGCGCAUCACUAUUUCCGUCUCCGUCUCCUUCAAUCGGAGAUUCUGCAGGUGUUGCAAUAUCGGCAAGCCCAGAGGGUACACGCCAAGGAUGGAGAGCGCAAAAGCCCAUUCAUGCACACCAAACUCUCUUGCUCGUUCCUCCAGCCAUUCGAGUCGUUCCAUGCAUGGCGAAAGGACAUUGAUCGACGGCUGUGGGAAUGGAAAGAGAGCGCCCCCCUCCAGCAGGAUACUACAGUCCAGUUUUCUAUCAAAUUCUUAGAGUUGAAUUACUGGCAAGCUGUCAUCAUGCUGUACAGACAAUCUCUUAGUGUACCGCAUACUCUUGCGGGAGAAGUCGGCCCUCAUCACGAUGUGGAAAGCCCUAUGACACCUAACGCGGACUCUUAUGAAGACGAGGAUGAAAUCUUUCUUAAAGUUGCUGAAGCUGGUCAAAGAGUCUUAAAACUCUACCGUCAGCUACAUCGAGUGCAUCUGGUCAAUUACACUUACCUCGCAACCGUGCAUUUAUUCAUGGCUGGCAUUGCCUUUCUCUACUCUAUCUGGCACUCGCCUACUGUCCGUAGCCGUCUGACUCUUGACGACGUCGACUUCACCGUCCUCGCAGCUACCUCCGUCCUAGGCGAUCUCAUCGAAAAAUGCCCACCCGCCGAAGCCUGCCGUGACGCCUUUGAGCGCAUGAGCAAGGCGACGGUCAAGAUGUGCGUCUCAACUACCGGCUUCGGCUCUCAAGUCAAAUUCGCGAAGCAAAGACAAGACGACGACUCUCCAAUCCUACCACAGAGUGAUUUCGACCAGCGCAUCCCACCUCCCUCCAGCUUCUCAACCAUGGGCUCUCGACCACCACCACAGUUCGACUAUGACCUCAAAAACCUCUUCACGGAAGACGCACAAAACGGCCGCAUGUUCCACCGUCCGUCUCAAACCUGGCAAGCACCCCUGCUAAGCAUCGCCCCAAACCAAGCACCCACAUACGCCUACACGCCUUCCAACGCCCCCCCCCCAUCCACGCUCUCCACGACCACGUCAAACCCGCAGCAAACCCAAAUGGCACCUCCAAACCAAUCUUUCGACACUUCCCUCCUCCCCACAUCCUUCCCACCCAGCAACGACAUCAACAACGGCCCCUCCACCUACGACAACUUCGACUUCGACUUCCUAAUGAACAACGACACCACCAACACCGCUGCCGUGUUCAGCGGCGACGUCGGUGCCAAUUUGGGGUUCGAUGGACAGCACGAUUGGGCCGAUGGUGGGGGCCAGCUGCCUGAUUUGUUCGGGGGCUUCUUUUUCGGACCGCAGGCCGGCGGGGAGGGCGGGAUGGAUGGCGGUGGAGGGUUUGGGGGUGCGGGUGGUGGGGGCUAUCACGAGGGUAUAUGGAACGGACCGGAUUAG